CGCGGCGACGCAUUCGCAAAAGAUUUCGAUAUGGUCGGCGAGGCCUGACUGGGGUGGUUUCGAGCCUGCUUGGAUACUGCACCCUGGUUCAAGGUUCCCUGCGAUUAUAUACGACCAAAGGCUGUUUUAAUGGUGCUGUGUCCAAUCUUGCUGAAUCUCAUCUUUCUGUAGGCCUGCAUGUAUAAAACAUUUCUCCAUACUUUUUGCGUUUGUUGUUAUCUUGUUAUCUUGUUAUCUUGUCUUUCGAGCACGCUGGGAACUGCUGAUAGGAGGUCAGGGGUGUGCGCUGGGAUCUGGUCGAUCCUCGCUGCCGAUACCGGAUCGUUGCGAUUUUGGCCAGUGCGAGGUGCGAUCAGUGGGAUAGCGUUGGGAAUUGUUGUAACUUGUGAUGUAGAGGACGAUAGAUGCUGGCUGUACUGGCAAGUUUGGAAUGCCUUAGGCUUUCGGUCCUAGGCAAUUGCUGUAUGAACAAUUUAUCGUGGUCAUUCUCAUCGUGGG